AUGAUGAGUGCUGUCUUAGACAAUUUCAGUCGAGUGGAGGUUAUUCCUGACCGGACCCCAUCCCCCUUCCUCCAUACAUGUCCGACGCGAAGCCACGCUGACGUGGACAGCAGGGGAUCUCACAUUGCGCGGUCAGAUCUCCGACGAUCUCCUCCACCAACAACGGCCUUGGUGGAGAUGCUGCACUGCUGCUACAAAUACAUUGGCCUCCCUUGCCGUGGCUGCCUUGGCCGAUCCAAAGCAAUGUCAGAUGCUUGGCGGCAGCAGACCUCAACGGCCUCGUACGACCUCGGAGCGGAGUGGCAGGUCACGGGUUGA